AUGACCUUUGAUAAUAUUAUGAUUGGGUAUAUGCAUAAUAAAAAAAACAAUGAUACCAUAAUUGAAACUUUAACAUGUGUUAAAUAUAGUUUAUGUGGUUUAUGUGGUUUAUGUAGCUUAUUAGUGGUCAAUUCCCAAUUUAAUGACGCAUUUAGUAGAUAUGAAGAACUUAUUUAG